UCAAAAUAGACGGAAGGGAGGGUUGCAACAAGACUUGCUUGAUAUUUUGACUGUGAAUAGUCGUUGAAAUUUAGCGGAUUUGGCGAAGGAGGCGCCCGAUGAUCGAUACAUUUAUCGAAAAUGGGCAAUUCGCUGUCUCCACAUCUAGAGAGCGCACAGAAGACCGGUGUCUGUUCCCUUUGUGGCAAAGGACUUUCAGAGGUUCCUCCCCAGUUGCUGGGGUUAGGGAGUUCUUUGCGAACACUGGACCUUUCCGAGAACAAAUUAAAGGUUCUACCUGCAGCAUUUGGUGGUUUUACUUCCUUGAAGAGUCUUACUUUAUCAUCAAACAAUAUUGGGGUUCUACCAGCAGAACUCACUCAGCUUAAGAAGCUAGAAGUAUUAAUUAUCAACAAGAACAGCCUCAAAGCCCUCCCCGCAGGACUCUUCACAAGCUUGAGCCACCUUAAAACUCUUUCACUUGCUUCCAAUCAACUUGCAGCAUUCCCAGAGGGCCUUGGUACCUCAAGGCAUUUGGAUGUAGUUGAUUUGUCCAAUAACAAAAUCCGCAGUCUUCCAGAGUCGGUGGGAGAUUUACAAAUUGUAGAACUAAAUAUGAAUAACAACCAAGUGGCAAAACUUCCAGCCAGUCUAGCAAGAUGUCCUAGACUCAAAGUUCUUAGAUUAGAAGAAAAUUGUUUGGCUUUAGAUGCUGUUACUCCUCAACUACUGAAGGAGUCACAAAUUUCUCUACUUGCAGUGGAUGGUAAUUUGUUUGACACAAAACAGUUGCGAGAGACUGAUGGCUAUGACCAGUACAUGGCCAGAUUCACUGCAACUAAAAAGAAGUUCACCUGAUGCUAAGCUGGAUGUUGUGGUCUUGGUCCUCGCAAAAACUUGUUUACAGUGGAUUCCUGUGUCACCUACAUGUAUUUGUGAGUGUGACAAGGACAAUAAAGGGAGAGAGAGAGAGAGAGGGUUGACUCCCCUCUUUACAUAUUGAAGGAUUUAUUAUCCCCUCUAAUAACCUAACAGUCAGUCUAAGACACUAUUGUAAAGAGCCUCCUCUUGGAGAUGCUGUCAGCUGAGCUGCUUGCAUUAUUGAACUUUAAUGAGUGGUUAGUGCUUGAAAUGUCAGCUUUGAAAUGCCUUUUAAAAAUCUCUUAAGCUUGUCCUUCUCAUCCACACAGCCUAUAAAUAGGUACAAGGUAUGCAAUGGAAGACAAGGGUGACUUUGGUUUCAAAACAAAACAGCUAGGCUACUGAAGUCAGUCAACAUUGUUUUAUAUCUCACUGCCCUGUUGAGUUACCUGCACAGUGAACAUUUCACCUCAUAUAUACUGUCUUACAACUACAAAAAUACAGGAUAUUUCAUAAUUUAAACACUGAAGCCAUUAAAGAUGAGUGCAAUAAAUACAGAUUAUAUUUUAUAAUUUUCUGCCAAAAAAAUGCAAGGGAAAAUUACACCAAUUUUAAAUAUGUCAUGAUAAUAUUAUAUAACUUAGUACUUGUGGUUAAACUUGAUAAUAAACGCUAAUUUCUCUUUGCACAAUGA